CCGGAGAAUAUAAUGAUAGAGGAUAUGGGAACAAAGCGGAUUAAAAUUAUCGAUUUUGGAUUGGCGCGGAAGCUGAAUCCCAACGAGGUGAUACAGGACAUGGCUGGAACACCAGAAUUCUGUGUUAACCAAGCUGGUGAGAUUGGUGUGGGUAAAGUGGCUCAAUAA